AUGGAAUUGGCUGCUGAAGCCAAAUCUUUGAUCAAUAAAAUUCCUGGAAUUUCAGUUCUUGAUCCUCGAAUAUCCUUUCCCUAUUUCCACACAAUGGAUCCUUUGAGAAUCACCCUCGGGGUGUGGAAACUUGGCCUCUCGGGUUUUGAAACUAACAAUAUAUUUUAUAAAUCUCAUGGAAUUGUUCCAGAACUCAAUGCCACAAGAUCCAUUACAUUAGCAUUCAGCCUAGGAACUACAAGAGACCAUGUUCAAAGACUUGUGGAAGGACUGAAAGAUUUAUCAGAUUCCUGUUUGCCAUUACAGCCCAAAAGAGAGAAGAUUUUUACUCAAAUUUCACCUUUCGAAAGUAAUUUUCACAUGAGAUUAACCCCUAGAGAGGCCUUCUUUGCAAGUAAAAUGAAAUUAAAGAUUGAAGACAUUGCCGGAAAAAUUUGUGGGAAAGUUAUUUGCCCUUUUCCUCCUGGAAUUCCAGUAUUGGUACCUGGUGAAAUCAUCACUGAUAGAGCAAUCGAUUAUCUUAUAAAAGUUAAGGGUAGUAUCAUCAGUGGGGUAGAGCAAUAG